GGCGCGAGGUUUCAAGAUGGCGGUGUCCGGGCGGCUGUCCGGGCGGCGGAGGUGAAGGCGUCCCGGGCGCGGCGGGCGGCGGCGGCGGCGCGGGUUUUUCUCGGUUUUUGUUUUUUGUUUUUUAAGUUGUAAGUGAACCACCCAGAUUGUCACCAUGGGACGAAGAUCGACCUCCUCCACCAAGAGUGGGAAGUUCAUGAACCCCACAGACCAAGCCCGAAAGGAAGCCCGGAAGAGAGAAUUAAAGAAGAAUAAGAAGCAGCGCAUGAUGGUGCGGGCCGCGGUCCUGAAGAUGAAGGACCCCAAGCAGAUCAUCCGGGACAUGGAGAAGCUAGACGAGAUGGAGUUCAAUCCAGUGCAGCAGCCACAGCUGAAUGAGAAAGUGCUGAAGGACAAGCGCAAAAAGCUCCGCGAGACCUUUGAGCGCAUCCUGCGGCUGUACGAGAAAGAGAACCCCGAUAUUUACAAGGAGCUGAGGAAGCUGGAGGUGGAGUACGAGCAGAAGAGGGCCCAGCUCAGCCAGUACUUCGAUGCCGUCAAGAACGCACAGCACGUGGAGGUGGAGAGCAUCCCUCUGCCCGACAUGCCACACGCGCCCUCCAACAUCCUCAUCCAAGACAUCCCACUGCCCGGCGCCCAGCCGCCCUCCAUCCUCAAGAAGACUUCCGCCUACGGACCUCCCUCUCGCAAUGUCUCCAUCCUCCCACUGCUCGGCCAUGGUGUCCCCCGACUGCCGCCUGGCCGGAAGCCACCCGGCCCCCCGCCCGGGCCACCACCGCCCCAAGUCCUGCAGAUGUAUGGCCGGAAAGUGGGCUUCGCCCUGGACCUCCCCGCUCGCCGGCGCGAGGAGGACAUGUUGUAUAGCCCGGAGCUUGCUCAGCGCAGCCACGACGACGACGCGUCCAGCACCAGCGAGGACGACGGCUACCCCGAGGACAUGGAGCAGGACAAGCCGGGGGACAGCACGGAUGACAGCGACACGGACAGGUCCGACGGCGAGAGCGAGGGCGACGACUUCGUGCGCCGGGACGGCGGCGAGCGGGACCACGCCGAAGAGAAGAAGUCGGGUCUGAGCGUUCGAUUCGCCGACAUGCCCGGCAAGCCCAGGAAGAAGAAGAAGCACAUGAAGGAGCUGACUCCGCUUCAAGCCACGAUGCUGCGCAUGGCGGGCCAGGAGAUCCCCGAGGAGGGCCGCGAGGCGGAGGAGUUCUCCGAGGAGGACGACGAGGAAGACUCCGACGACUCGGACGCCGAGAAGCCGCCGCAGAAGCAGCAUAAGGAUGACGCGCACGCCGACGCCGCGGCCGCGGCCCCCCCCCAGCAGGGCCCCCCCCAGGCCGGCCCCCCCUCCCAGCUGCAGGCGCCCCCCAUGCCGGGGCCGCCGCCCCUGGGACCCCCGCCCGCCCCGCCGCUGCGGCCCCCCGGGCCCCCCACGGGCCUCCCUCCGGGCCCCCCUCCAGGGGCUCCGCCAUUCCUGCGGCCGCCGGGGAUGCCGGGCCUCCGGGGGCCUCUCCCGCGCCUCCUGCCCCCCGGCCCGCCGCCCGGCCGCCCUCCGGGCCCUCCGCCGGGCCCCCCGCCCGGCCUGCCGCCCGGACCCCCGCCGAGAGGACCCCCGCCCAGGCUGCCGCCCCCUGCGCCCCCAGGCCUCCCCCCGCCGCGGCCCGGCAUGAUGCGGCCGCCCCUGGUGCCCCCGCUGGGGCCCGCGCCGCCCGGCCUCUUCCCGCCCGCGCCCCUGCCCAACCCCGGGGUGCUGAGCGCCCCGCCCAACCUGAUCCAGCGCCCCAAGGCGGACGAGGCCAGCGCGGCCACCAUCGAGAAGAAGGCCACGGCCACCAUCAGCGCCAAGCCGCAGAUCACCAACCCCAAGGCGGAGAUCACGCGCUUCGUGCCCACCGCGCUGCGCGUGCGGCGCGAGAACAAGGGCGCGGCGGCGGCGCCCGCGCGCAAGGCGGAGGAGGACGCGGCCGCGCCGCUGGCCAAGGCGGCGCCCAAGGCCGGGCCCGCGGCGCCCGUGUCGGUGCAGACCAAGGACGACGUGUACGAGGCCUUCAUGAAGGAGAUGGAGGGGCUGCUCUGAGCCCGCGGCCCCGCCGGCCUUUCUCCUCCCGACUUCGGUGUUUGAGUUGUUUUCAUAUUUUCUGUAAAUACUUUGUAAUAUUUGGCUCGUAGCGCGGCGGGCGCGUGGCUGUGUACAAUUCCUCCAUUAAAGUAGUUCCCGCUGGCCUCC